GUGGAGGGAGCAGCAUUUACAGGUUCCUUUUUAUGGAAGUCUCGUAGUCUUGGUAUCUGGAGUCGUCCCAGAGGAGAAAAUAUGCUGGACAGUGGAGCCCCUUUCUAUGAUACCUACAAGACCCUGGAUGGAAAAUACAUGGCUGUGGGUGCCAUAGAACCAGAGUUCUAUGAUCAGCUGCUUAAAGGCUUAGAAUUAGACCCUGAAGAGUUGCCUCCUCAGAUGAGCUUUAACGACUGGCCGAAGCUCAGGCAUCUCUUCACAGAGCGCUUCGCUUCAAAGACCCAGGCGGACUGGUCGAGGAUUUUUGAUGGAACCGAUGCCUGUGUUACACCCGUGUUGUCUUUCGACCAGGUGAGCUCUCACCCUCACAACCGAGAGAGAGGCUCUUUCAUGAAGGACUCCAGCGGGGAAGAGUUCCCCCGGCCAGCUCCGGUUCUGUCUCGGACUCCUGCUGAGCCCUGUCUCGCUUCCAACCCAGAAGUUGGAGAACACACAGUUGAUGUCUUGCUGGAAUACGGCUAUACUUCAGCAGAGAUUGAUAAGAUGUUAGCUGCCGGCAUUGUGCAAUGUAAUGCUGUCAAAGCAAAGCUGUAAAAAAAUAAAUUUUUGCUCUCUGAUGAGCAGACUGAAAAAAGCUUUUACAGAUUGCAGUAAAAAAUAAAUAAAUCUGUGUUUGAGACCAGCUAAAUUUAAAAAGGGGAUGUUGUGUGGUUUAUCUUGACUUGAUAGUGUUGAGAAAAAUCUUUUCUCCCACAGGGUAUGCAGAUAUCUUUUAGGUUCUACAGUUGAUCAUGAAUACUUUAUGCAACAGCUAUACCUAACUCUUUAUUGCAUCUCCUGCCUUCUGAAUGAGUCAGUCUCAAAGCCUGGUAGAAAGCACAACCUCCACUGAAAUCCAACCACAGUGAUGGGUGAUAUAUUACCUAGCUCAGGGUCAAAACAUGACAAAAUAGAUUUGUGGGCCCAGCCUGAAAGAGUGCAGAGCAGCGACGGUACAAAUAAAUAGAAACAUUUUUUUGUUAUUUAUCUCUCUGAGGUUAUAGGUUUUUCAUCCUAAAGUCUGAUGUCUCUGUGCCUUGUGCAGUAGGUCUGGGUUUCUGAUGUGUUGCAGAUUUAAUGUCUUUUUAAAACCAAUUCAGAUACAGCAGCUGUGAAAUAGGGUCCAUAUUACAGCAUUUUUUGCUGUCAUUUGGAUGAUUCAUCCCAUUAAAGGAGCUACUGUUGUAUUUUUCUGAUCUCUACACAAAAUGUAGCAUCAGCUGUAGCAUCUGUUAUGACUAAUAAACCUUUCUAGGAAAUAUUUUGAUUAUUUGUUUUACUUGUAUACAUUAGAGUUUCUUUUCAUAGGUUUAUUUGAACCUUAUAAUUACUAAAUAUGACUUGACAUACAUAAAAACUGAUA